AAUGCAGAUAAUAAGAUUAUAUUGUUUAGUGCAUUUAGAUCAAUUCUAAGCGUAGUUAGAGAGACAUCAAAACUUAAUAUGGGGGGAGGAGUGUCAAAAAUGCCAAAUCCACUAUCGUUCGAAGGAGAUGUUGCUGAAAACUUCAAGAAAUUCAGGCAUGACUUUGAAACCUACUUAACAGAAUCUGGAGAUGAUAAAAAGGAAGACAAAAUGAAAAUUGAGAUGUUUUUAAAGUUAAUUGGAGACAAAGGUUUUAACAUUUUUGAUAGCUUACAACUAACUGAAUUUCAGAGGAUUAAUUUAUACGAAGUCUUGAAUGCUUUCGAAAAACAUUUUACUCCAAAGGUUAAGGAUAUCCAGGAAGGUUUUACAAAGCUGCAUAUUGAGAACAUAAAUUCCAAUGAGUUCAAGAACAAGGACGAACAGGAAAAUGAAAUAGACAAAACAAAUGAAAUUCAAGAGAAUAAAAUUGUUUUUAAUAAAUUUAUUAUGACUGAUGGAGAAACAAAUUAUUGGAAAACGGAAAAUGGGGGCAAUAUUCGUCAACACAGGAGAAACGAUGAAAUAAAAACCGCUACGUUGAUAGCCAGAUCCUCAAAUCCCUACACAGGUCUACCUUACUCACGAAAGUAUUACGAACUACUCCAAAAAAGAAAGAGGCUACCAAUAUUUGAACACAAAGAAUAUUUUAUGAAACUGUUAAAUGAACACCAAUGUAUAGUAGUUGUUGGAGAAACAGGUUCUGGUAAAACCACACAAAUGUCUCAAUGGUGUGUAGAAUAUUCGAUGAGAAUAAGUGGAAAGUGCGUUUGCUGUACACAACCGAGAAGGAUGUCUGCAAUCUCAGUUGCACACAGAGUAGCUGAAGAGAUGAACGUUGCUUUAGGUCAAGAAGUCGGUUAUAGCAUCCGUUUUGAAGAUUGUUCUUCAGCAAGAACCAUUCUCAAAUUUAUUACUGAUGGUUUGUUAUUGAGGGAAGCAAUAGGUGAUUAUUGUUUAGAUAACUACCAAUGUAUUUUACUUGAUGAAGCAGAUGAACGUACUUUAAACAAUGACAUUCUUAUGGGUCUUCUGAAAGAAAUUAUGAAACAACGGAAGGAUUUGAAAGUUCUCAUCAUGAGUGCAACAUUGGAUGCCCCUAAAUUUCAAAAGUACUUUAAUAAUGCACCAUUAAUGAAUAUACCUCAUAAAAACUAUCCAGUAGAAAUUUUUCAUACAAUUGAACCAGAAAACAAUUAUUUAAUGACUGCUAUCUCGACAGUAAUUAAAAUUCAUUCUUCAAUAAAUCUAGAAGGAGAUAUAAUACUUUUUUUAACGGGCCAAGAAGAAAUAGAAGAGGCUUGUAGAAGCAUAGAGAUGGAAGUGAAUCGCUUAGGCCCAGUAGUUGGUGAACUAAAAUGUUUACCAUUGUAUUCCUCACUGCCUUUGAAAUUACAGCAGAGAAUUUUUGAAGAUCUACCUCCAAAUAAAUCCAAUGGAGCUAUUAGUAGAAAAGUUAUAGUGUCUACUAAUAUUGCAGAGAAAUCUAUGACCAUAGAUGGUGUGGUCUUCGUCAUUGAUUCAGGACUUGUUAAACAAAAGAGGUAUAAUCCCAAAACUAGAAUAGAAUCGUUGAUAGUUGAACCUAUCAGUAAAGCUUCAGCCCGUCAAAGAGCCGGUAGAGCCGGAAGAACAAAACCUGGAAAAUGCUUCAGAUUAUAUACACAGCAAACUUUUGAAUUUCAAAUGGAAGACAGUACAUGCCCGGAAAUAUUGAGAUCAAAUUUAGGAACAGUCCUACUACAGUUGAAGAAACUGGGAGUUGAUGACAUUAUAAAAUUCGAUUUCAUGGAUUCUCCACCACCAGAAGCAAUUAUGCGAGCAUUGGAAUUACUUAUUAACUUGAACGCACUCGAUGUUCAUGGAAAUUUGACAGAUUUAGGAGCUUUUAUGGCAGAAUUUCCACUUGACCCACCACUUGCCAAGAUGUUAGUUGUUAGCUAUAAACAUAAGUGUACAAAUGACAUUUUGACAAUCGCAGCAAUGUUGUCAGUUCCGAAGUGUUUCGAACGACCAUAUCAAGAGAAAAAAGCCGCAGACGAGGCAAAGAUGUGUCUUACACACUUAGAUGGAGAUCAUUUAACACUUCUCAAUGUCUAUAACUCCUUCCAAUCUAACAUGAAAGACCCGCAAUGGUGUGUUAAAAAUUUCAUAAGCUACGAAUCUUUGAAAUUAGCUGACAACAUAAGGCAUCAGCUAUUUAAAGUUAUGGACAGAUUGAAUUUGAAAUGUAUCUCCUCCGAUCCUACGAGCAAAAAAUACUACCAAAAUGUUAGGAAAGCUCUUGUCGAGGGAUAUUUCAUGCAGGUGGCGUAUUUGCAGAAGAAGAGACUUUAUAUGACGAUUCAAGAUAACCAAAUAGCACUAUUGCAUCCUCCAGAAUGGGUUAUUUUCAAUGAGUUUGUUUUGACUAAAAAAAAAUAUAUUCGGACUGUGACUUCCAUAAAACCUGAGUGGUUAUUAAAAAUUGCACCAGAUUACUACGAUCUCAACAAAUUUCCUGAGAGUGAAGCCAAACGGAGAUUGGAAAUUAUUAAGGAUCGGAUACAUAUAUAAAAAUCUAUAACCUAACACCUUGAUAUGGCUAUUUACAUUAUUAUAACACGAGAUCCAACCACUUGAUUCUGUAGAUAGGUGUCUGUUUAUUCAAUAGAACUUUAAAUAAAUAAUUAGUAAGAACGAGCUGCAUAAGUUCCAGGUUACCUAUCAAAAAGCCUCAAUUACCUACCUGUAAUUAAAUUUAAUGUAAUUAAAUAUAU